AUGAUGGUCCAUCUUUCAGACGAGGACUGCGAGGACAGUUCAUCUCACGUGUGGCUCCCUGGUGCCAGAUAUAGACCAGAACCUCCUGAAACAUUGGCCAGAGCAUCACACUUCACUCCUCACGAGAUAAAGCUCAUGUACAGAGGCUUCAAACAGGAAUGUCCCACAGGAGUACUGGAUGAAGAAGCAUUCAAGAACAUCUUCUCACAGUUCUUUCCACUCGGUGAUGCCACUCAGUAUGCUCACUUCGUUUUCAACACUGUGAAACACAAACAGACAGGGAAACUUAAUUUUGAGGAAUUCCUGGACACUUUAUCCCGAGUCGCUCGAGGCUCUCGUCAGGAGAAAUUAUCCUGGAUGUUCGCGUUGUACGACGUGGAUGGUGAUGGAAGGAUCUCCAGAAGUGAGAUGCUGUCUGUUGUACGAGCUGUUUACGAGCUGCUGGGACGAGCAGCUGCACCACCUGUGGAUAAAGCCGCUGCUGAGGAUCACGUAGAUAGAAUAUUUCAUCUGAUGGACACAAACGCGGAUGGUGUAGUAACUCCUGAUGAGCUAGCCCGUUGGUGUGCCCGGGAUCCCGCUCUACUCCGCUCUCUAGACACUUUGGACACAGUGUUGUGA